GGCCUGGAGCCGCAGGCACCCGGGGCCCUCAGGUGGCAGGUCGGGCGGGUUCCGCUGGAGCCGCCGGUGGCUCCUCCUCGCGCGCUCAUAGUUGACAGAUUUUAAGGUUCGCGCGCGGGUCAGUCGCGUCGCGCUGCGCCGCGCGGGAACGAUACUGCCCCAAGCUAGCCAUGAAGAGCCUCAAGUCCCGCCUAAGGAGGCAGGAGGCGCCCGGCCCCGCGUCCGCCGGCGCCCCAGCCACCGCCAGCGCGGUGAGUCCCGCUGCCCCUGCACAUCCCGGGCUUCUCGGUGCUCCCCUCUCGUGAGCCCUGGAACCCUCUGCCCGGAAGCUCGUGCUCCUCCUUCUUCGUUUUUCUCUCAGCUUGUCCCGCUCCGUCGGCCUUGAGGUCUUCUGUGCUCCCGGCUCCUCCCUCGGUCCGGGAGCUCCGCGUCAGUCCGGAGACCCUGGGGACCCUCCCCGCGCCGUCCCUUCCUUGCCCCUCACCCCCACGUCUCAUCUGGAAGAAACACUGGAGCUUCGGGAUUAAAUCGCCCCUUCCCACUAAAUCUCAUGUUUCUGAUUCUUUCUCCCAACUCGGCCCUUUCUGGUGACUCCCCAUUUCCUCCUCUCUCCGGGGGUUUGUCCCGUUUCCCAGGUCGGCUCAGUACGGGCCGGGGGCUGUGGCUGGCGUUCUUCAGUCUCUGGGGCUCCGGGUCUGGCAGGGCCAUCGGAGAAGCCUCCUGGGCCGGGAGUUCGCGCCCCGCAUCCCGAGUGGGCACGGCUGCUGCCCCGCCGCCUCCCCACCCACCCUGCCCAGGACUCUGGACUUCGGGUUCCUUCGUGGCGCAUCCUUGGAUCUGAGACUCCAAGCGUGAAGCCCUGCCAGGCCGGGUGGAAGUCCGGGGCUGGCGUGUCACUGGGAAACUUGGGAUUUCGACUUCUAGCUUGCAGCAGAUUGGAAUAAAUACGAUGACCGAUUGAUGAAAGCAGCAGAAAGGGGAGAUGUAGAAAAAGUGUCCUCAAUCCUUGCUAAAAAGGGGGUCAAUCCAGGCAAACUAGAUGUGGAAGGCAGAUCUGCCUUCCAUGUUGUGGCCUCAAAAGGGAAUCUUGAGUGUUUGAAUGCUAUCCUUAUACAUGGAGUUGAUAUUACAACCAGUGAUACUGCAGGGAGAAAUGCUCUUCACCUAGCUGCAAAAUAUGGACAUGCAUUGUGCCUACAAAAACUUCUACAGUACAAUUGUCCUACUGAACAUGGAGACCUACAAGGAAGGACUGCACUUCAUGAUGCAGCUAUGGCAGACUGUCCUUCUAGCAUACAGCUGCUUUGUGACCAUGGAGCCUCUGUGAAUGCCAAAGAUGUAGAUGGGCGGACCCCACUUGUUCUGGCUACUCAGAUGUGUAGGCCAACGAUAUGUCAACUGCUGAUAGACAGAGGAGCAGAUAUUAAUUCCAGAGACAAACAAAACAGAACUGCUCUUAUGCUAGGUUGUGAGUAUGGUUGCAAAGAUGCUGUAGAAGUCUUAAUUAAAAAUGGUGCUGAUGUAAGCUUGCUGGAUGUUCUUGGUCAUGAUUGUUCCUACUAUGCAAGAAUUGGUGACAAUCUGGACAUUCUGAACCUACUAAAGACUGCAUCGGAAAAUAUCAACAAAGGGAGAGAAUUUUGGAAGAAAGGACCACCUUUGCAACAGCGUAAUUUGACACACAUGCAAGAUGAAGUAAAUAUGAAGUCAAAUCAGAGGGAGCAUCAAAACAUUCAGGAUCUGGAGAUUGAAAAUGAAGAUUUGAAAGAGAGGUUGAGAAAAAUUCAACAAGAGCAAAGAAUACUGUUGGAUAAAGUCAAUGGUUUACAAUUACAGUUAAAUGAGGAAGUAAUGGUUGCUGAUGAUCUAGAAAAUGAGAAAGAAAAGCUGAAGUCCCUUUUGGUGGCUAAAGAAAAGCAACAUGAAGAAAGCUUAAGAACUAUUGAGGCUCUGAAAAAUAGAUAUAAAUAUUAUGAGAGUGAUCAUUUAGGAUCAGGAAGUCAUUUCAGUAACCGAAAAGAAGAUAUGCUUCUUAAACAAGGUCAAAUGUACAUGACAGACUCACAGUGUAUUUCCACAGGUAUGCCAGCCCAUAUGCAAAGCAGAUCUAUGUUAAGACCACUAGAGCUAUCUUUAUCCAGUCCAACUUCAUAUUCUGAAAAUGAAAUUUUAAAGAAAGAGUUAGAAGCAAUGAGAACUUUCUGUGAUUCAGCAAAACAAGACAGACUCAAGCUCCAAAAUGAACUGGCUCACAAAGUGGCAGAGUGCAAAGCUUUAGCAUUAGAAAGUGAAAGAAUCAAGGAGGAUUCAGAUGAACAGAUAAAGCAAUUAGAAGAUGCAUUAAAAGAUGUGCAGAAGAGAAUGUAUGAGUCAGAAGGUAAAGUUAAACAAAUGCAGACGCAUUUUCUUGUUCUUAAAGAGCACCUAACAACUGAAGCAGCUACGGGGAAUAACAGAUUAACGGAGGAACUGAAGGAUCAGUUGAAAGAUAUGAAAGCAAAGUAUGAAGGGGCUUCAGCAGAAGUGGGAAAACUAAGAAACCAAAUCAAACAAAAUGAAAUGUUAUUAGAAGAGUUCAAGGGGAAUGAAGGCAAGCUGAUAGAAGAAAAUAAGCGAUUGCAGAAGGAAUUUAGAACGUGUGAAAUGGAGAGAGAGAAGAAAGGAAGCAAGGUCACAGAGAUGGAAAGCCAGUUAAAAGAAUUGGUAGCAAAGUUGGCCCUUUCCAUUCCAACAGAAAAGUUUGAAAAUAUGAAGAUCUUAUUAUCAAAUGAAGUGAAUGAGAAAACAAAAAAAUUAGUAGAGAUGGAAAGAGAAUAUGAAAAAUCACUUAGUGAAAUUAGACAGUUAAAGAGAGAACUUGAGACUCUUAAGGCCAAACUUGCUCAGCAAGUCAAUCCAGAGGAACAUGAACAGCUCAAGAGCAGAUUAGAGCAAAAGUCAGGAGAGCUUGUGAAGAAGAUCACUGAUUUAACAUCAAAAAAUCAGACACUACAAAAGGAAAUUGAAAAGGUUUAUCUGGAUAACAAACUUCUCAAGCAGCAAGUACAUAAUUUAACAAUUGAAAUGAAAAGUUAUUACAUUCCCUUAAAAGUAAGUGAAGAAAUGAAAAAGUCGCAUGAUGUGAUUGUUGAUGACUUGAAUAAAAAGCUUUUAGAGGUAACACAAAAAUACACAGAGGAGAAGUUAGAAAUGGAGAAAUUGCUAAUGGAAAAUGACAGUUUAAGUAAGAAUGUUAGCCGCCUGGAAUCUGUGUUCGUACCUCCUGAGAUACAUGAAAAAGAGACAGUGACUUUGAAAUCCAGUAUUGUUGAAUUGAAAAAACAGCUCUCUGAACUUAAUAAAAAAUGUGGUGAAGACCAAGAAAAAAUACACACACUCAUGUCUGAAAACACUAACUUGAAAAAAACUACAAGUAAUCAGUAUGUGCCCGUUAAAACCCAUGAAGAGAUAAAAACUGCAUUGAGUAGCACAUUAGAUAAAACUAAUAGAGAAUUAUUAGACUUGAAGAAAAAAUUUGAAGAUAUAAAUCAAGAAUUUAUAAGAGUAAAAGGUGAGAAUGAUACAUUGAAAAGAAACCUGGAAAACACUCAGAACCAAAUAAAAGCUGAGUAUAUCAGCCUAAAAGAACAUGAGGAGAAGAUGAGUACUUUAAAUAGGAGCAUGAAAAAGGUACAGGAUAAUUGCGCUGAAAUAUUGGCUAACUACAAAAAAGGCCAAGAAGAGAUUGUGACAUUGCAUGCUGAAAUUGAAGCCCAAAAGAAGGAACUUGACACAAUACAAGAAUGCAUUAAGCUAAAAUAUGCUCCAAUUAUCAGUUUUGAAGAGUGUGAGAGAAAAUUUAAAGCAACAGAGAAAGAACUAAAAGAACAGUUAUCAGAACAAACACGAAUGUAUAGUGUCAGGGAAGAGGAGACCAAGAAAUGCAGGCAAGAGAAUGAAAAGUUAAAGAAGGAGGUUUUCUCCCUUCAGAAAGAUUUAAAGGAUAAAAAUGUUCUCAUUGAGAAUUCUCAUGAAAUGGAAAGAACAUUAAGCAGAAAAACAGAAGAGCUAAACAAAGAGUUAAAAGACUUAUCACAGAAAUACACAGAGGUAAAGAAUGAGAAAGAGAAGCUAGUAGAAGAAAGUGCCAAACAUGCUUCUGAUAUCCGUGCAGCACAAACUCUUCUGCAGAAACAGCAUGUUCCAUUGGAACAGGUCGAGGCUUUGAAAAAAUCUCUUAUUGGCACAAUUGAGAAUCUAAAGGAAGAAUUGAAGAAUAAGCAGCGGUGUUAUGAGAAAGAGCAGCAGACAGUGACCAAACUGCAUCAGAUGCUGGAGAAUCAAAAGAACUCUUCUGUGACCUUGGUAGAGCAUUUACAGAUUAAGGAAGCAUUUGAGAAAGAAGUAGGAAUCAUUAAAGCCAGUUUAAGAGAAAAGGAAGAAGAAAGCCAAAAUAAAACUGAGGAACUCUGCAAACUCCAAUCUGAAGUUCAGCAUACUAAACAAGCACUAAAAAAAUUAGAGACUAGAGAGGUAGUUGAUUUGUCUAAAUAUAAAGCAACAAAAAGUGAUUUGGAGACACAGAUUUCCAAAUUAAAUGAAAAACUGGCCAAUCUGAAUAGGAAGUAUGAGGAAGUAUGUCAGGAAGCUUUGCAUGCCAAAAAGAAGGAACUGUCUACAAAAGAUGGGAAGGAAUUACUACAUUUCAGCAUUGAGCAAGAAAUCAAGGAUCAGAAAGAACGAUGUGAUAAGUCCUUAACAACAAUCACAGAAUUACAGAGAAGAAUACAGGAAUCUGCUAAACAAAUUGAAGCAAAAGAUAAUAAGAUAACUGAACUGCUUAAUGAUGUAGAAAGACUAAAACAGGCACUCAAUGGCCUUUCACAACUCACCUACACAAGUGGGAGUCCUACCAAGAGACAGAGUCAACUGGUUGAAACUCUGCAGCACCAGGUGAAAUCCCUGCAGCAGCAGCUGGCUGAUGCUGACAGACAGCAUCAAGAAGUAAUCGCAAUUUAUCGGACACACCUUCUUAGUGCUGCACAGGGUCACAUGGAUGAAGAUGUUCAGGCAGCCUUACUCCAGAUCAUACAAAUGCAGCAGGGGCUUGUGUGCUAGCACUGAUCGGCUAAUGACUGCUUUGUCCUGCUGGUGCUGGGUGUUCUGUGUGCAAUUGCAUGGCCUUGCCAGGCCUUACUUUGCUAAUAUAAUUAAAAUAAAAUCUAUUUUGUUCCAUCAGUAGGUUUUCUUUAAAUUAGAUGAAUAUGCUACUGAGUUUUUCAUUGUCUGUUCAAAUCAUGUAUUGUAUAUAUGUUAAUUUUACAGUUUGACAAACAACAUUGGAUGGACUACAUAUUUUUAAAUCUUUGAGUCUCUAAUAAAGCAUGUGUGGUCUGAGUAGGUCCAUAUGAAGACGGUAUGGACUGAAAUAAUUGUUUAAAGAUUUGUUUCCAAGAAAUUAAUCUGUUUGGUGGCCACUUUUAAGUGGAUCAAAAGACCUUUCAGAUCCUCAGUCAAGCCACAAGACUUAACAGUGGUUUUGAGGAAUGCAUUGUAACUUGGCUGGCCAAGUUGCGUCUUUAUUGAAGUAACUUAAUAAGUGCCUUUGACUUCUUUUGGAGGUAGAGAUUUUUUUCUUCUUACACUAGUAACUUUUAUGCCUUUUAAGAAUAAAUUUCUUUUCAUAAAUGGUUUGCAGUACUAAAUUACAUUUAGAUUAAGAACAGCAGGGGUGGAAUAUAUCAGGAAUUUAUAAUAAAAUUGCCUCAUAAUCUCCACAACAGUAUCUUAAUUUUUACUUGUGACUUUUCUUGCCACAGUAUUCAAAGAGCUAUCAUAAAUGGAAUACUAUAUUUUUCAAACUGUCAAAAAUUUUAGACCUCUUUUUUAGCAAUUACUUUGACAUUUGCUACUAUAGUAACCAAGCACUCAUUAUAUAUGCAUUUUCCAAAUGUUUCGUACUUAUUUAAAGGAAAAUUGCACAAAUAAGAUUAAUAAUGUGAAAUGCUGUUUUCUUACAAAAUUAGUAUAAGCAUAUUGAUUUUAGAACACAGGUCUUUAAGGUUUUAGACAAAAGUGCAAUAAUACAAUAAACUGUAAGAAUAUAGAUAGCAAGGAAGUAAAAUUGGACAUGUUUAUAGUAAGUACUCUAAUGUAACCAACCAUUUUUAUUAACUAUAUCUCAUUAAAGGAAGUUUAUAUCUUAUUAUUUUUAUUAAUAUUUUGUUUAGCAUUCAGGUUUAAAAUUACUAAUUUGAUUGUUGGCAAAUAAACUGAACAAAUGAAUAAUUUCAGUUGGAUUCUCUUAGAGUAUAGAAUGUGACUUAGCAAUAAUUUUUAAAUCUAAUUUUUUAUCCCAUUUUUGUAUAAUAGGAUAGCUUCUCCCACCAAAGAAUAAGCCAUCAUGUUUCCUCCAUUUAGAAACAACAUUAACAAGUCAUGAUUGGAUUUAUUUUUUAUUCUUUAGGUAGUAUACACAGUUUACAUAGGCAAUAUUUGGUUUCUUUAGAUAUUACAUUUAAUACUGUCCUUCAACAUGAGUUCUGAUUCACGAGUUUUAGGUCCACCUGUUGAAGCUCUUGAGUAUAGCAAAGUUAUAUACCAAAUAUUGAAUUACAGUGUUGUAUUUUCCUUAUUGGGGUAGAAAGAGAACCAUAUGUGUAUUUUAUUUUGUCCUCAACCACCAAUAAAAUGUUUUCUGUGGAA